AUGGCUGAGCAUAAGCUGCGAAUACUGCUCGUGGGCAACGGUGGGCGGGAGCAUGCUCUCGCCUGGAAGCUCGCGCAAAGUCCUCGUGUGGAUUGUAUUCAUGUCGUGCCGGGUAAUGGCGGCACUGCUGGAGUCCCAAAUUGUAUCAACGUUCCGUCUGUGUCGCAAGAAGACUUUGCUGCGCUUGUGAAAUAUGCGCAGGCGAACAAGCUCAACUUCCUAAUACCAGGCCCUGAAGCACCGCUCGUGGCAGGCAUUACAGACUACUUCGCCCAGCAUGCUCCCCAGAUGCAGGUUUUCGGCCCGUCACAAGCAGCAGCGCAGAUGGAAGGCUCGAAAACGUUUUCCAAGGAUUUCAUGAAACGCCACAGCAUCCCGACCGCACGAUAUGAGAACUUCACCGGCUACGAUGCUGCGAGACAGUACCUUGACAAAGUUGAUUACGACGUAGUAAUCAAAGCGGACGGCCUCGCGGCAGGCAAAGGCGUCAUCAUUCCGACCACGCAGCAAGAAGCGCACGAUGCUCUAAAGUCCAUCAUGUCCGACAAGGAGUUCGGCUCGGCGGGCAACAAGGUCGUCAUCGAGGAGUACCUCGAAGGCGACGAGAUCAGCAUUCUUUCUCUCUCCGACGGCGAAACGAUCCUCUCCUUACCGCCCGCGCAAGACCACAAGCGCAUUGGAGACGGCGACACCGGACCCAACACCGGCGGCAUGGGCACGUACGCACCCACCCCGCUCGUCACGAAAGAGCAACUCGACGAGAUAGACCGUACCGUACUCAAACCGACCAUCGACGGCAUGCGAAAGGAAGGCAUGAACUUCUGCGGCUGCCUCUUCACCGGCCUCAUGAUGACGAAGAAUGGCCCGCGGGUGUUGGAGUACAAUGUCCGUUUCGGCGACCCAGAGUCCCAAUCGUGCCUGCCCCUCCUGCAUUCCGAUCUGGCGGAGUUGAUGCAAGCCUGCUGUGACGGCACGCUGUCGACGAAGAAACUUGACAUCGCGCCACUUUCGGCUUGCACGGUCGUGGUCGCUGCUGCCGGCUACCCGGGGAAGUAUCCGAAGGGCACGCCGAUGAGGGUACAGCAGCCGCGGGAGGAAGAAGGCAUGUAUAUCUUCCAUGCUGGCACAGCACUUGAUCAGGAUGGUCAGCUUAAGACGAACGGCGGCAGGGUCAUUGCGGCGACGGCGACGGGCAGUACUUUGCGUGAGGCGGUCGACAAAGCCUACAACGGCGUUGCUCUGAUCGAUUUUGAAGACAUGCAAUACCGCAGAGACAUCGCUGCAAGAGCGCUACGGUAG